AUGCUUCUGCACAUGAGCGCAGAUUAUCAUCACGUGGUUGAUGACUGUGAAGAGGCGUGGGUCGCGUGGGCGCGUUUGAAGACGCUGUACGGCGGGUCGCAGAAGGCUGGACGCAUCUACUUGAAGCGCCAGCUGUUCAGCAUGGAGAUGGCGGAAGGCGGCAAUGUGAUGCAUCAUUGCAACGAAGUCCUCAACAUCAGCGCGAAGCUCAGCAGCAUCGGCGCCAAGAUGGAGGACGAGGACGUGGCGAUCUGCUUGUUGCGCAGCCUCCCCAAGAGCUACGAGAACGUCGUUCUCAACUUGGAGAUGAGCAGCGCGGAACUGCGAUCGCGAGACGUCGUGAGAGUGCUCACGAAUGAGCACAUCAAGAGACAAGGUGACAAGACGACAUCGGUGAAGACUGAAGACGCGGCGAAGGCGUUCAGUGCCGAGCGUGAACCUCGCCAGUGUACAUACUGCGGAAAAUUGGGGCACACGGCGGAGCGGUGCUGGACCAAGCAGAAGGACGAAAAUCAAGGUGGAGCUCGACGCGGCGGCAACAAUGCUCGUGGACGCGGAGCCAACAACGUUCAGUGGCGAACCAACAGCAACUACGAUGACAACUACGAUCGAGUUGCGUUCGCGGUUUCGCUGGAGGCUGGACUUUCGACGGGCAAGAAUAUGCCAGGGAUGUGGGCAGUCGACAGCGGUGCGACGCAUCACAUCUGCAACGACAAGGCCAAGUUUGCAAGCCUGAAUGAGCGAGAGGAAGGCGAACUAUCAGUGGCUGAUGGCAGCAAGGCUGCGAUCAAGGGUGUGGGAACCAUCAUGGAACGGGUGGUUCUGCCCAAUGGUGACGAACUCGACAUCGAGAUCAAGGACGCACUGUUCGUACCAAGUAUGAGCAAGAAUAUGCUUUCGGUGCCACAGAUCAACAAGGGUGGCAGGUUCCAAGUCGUGUUCGAUGGAUCCAAGAUGCAAGUGAAGCGCAAGAAUUCCACACAAGUCGUGGCAACAGCGGAUCUCGUCGAUGGACUUUACUGGCUGCGGACUCCUCAACGAUCGGCAAAUGCAGCAACACGCAAUGGGACCAUCGACUUGCAUGCGCGCAUGGGUCAUGCACCCCUCGAAGUUCUGCGCAAGAUGGUGGCCACUGGCAUGAUCAAGGACGCCAAGGCACCUCUCAACUCGACUGGUCCAAGUGUGUGUCGCGGUUGCCAGCAAGGAAAGAUGGCUCAAAAACCAUUCCCAACCAACCGUGACAAACGCCAAUAUGGUGUGUUCGAGUUGCUGCACUUCGACAUCUGCGGGCCAAUGGAACAAGUUUCGAUCGGCGGCAGCAGAUACUUACUGCUUGUGGUUGACGAAGCCAGCGGUUGCAUGAAGGGCUUCUGUCUGCGGUCCAAGUCUGAGAGUGAAGACUGUAUCAAGAACCACAUUAUCAAGAUUCAAACUCAGUUCGGCACGAAGAUCAAGUUUGUUCGGCACGAUGGAGCGCAUGAGUUUGCGACCAACUCCAUCAAGACCUUCUACGAAGAUCAUGGUAUUGAACAACAGAUCACGGUGCCGUAUGCACACCAGACCAACGGCACCGCAGAACGCGCGAUAAGGACCAUCGUCACGAUCGGACGCAGCUUGUUGCAUCAUGCAAAGCUGGAGAAGUGUUUCUGGGCUGAAGCGGCAAUGACGGCGAUCUACAUCAAGAACCGCCUGCCUUCACCCAAGAUCGACCACAAGACUCCGUUCGAGAUCGUGUACAAGUCGAAACCAAGUGUCAAGCACAUGCGCGUGUUUGGAUGUCGGGCGUUUAUCCUGACACCAAGGGAGAAGCGAUUGAAGUGGGACCCGAAGGCUUGUGAAGGGAUGUUCAUGGGCUACGAAGAAGCGUCAAAAGCUUAUCGAGUGUACGACAUUGAGGCGGGCCAAGUGGUGAUCAGUCGUGACAUCACCUUCGACGAAUCGACUUUUGACUUUUCGAUGGACCGACCAAGUGACGAUGAUGAAGAUGCGGAGUUGGACCUCGACCUCCUGGCGAUCAACGAGGACGACGUGCGUCAAACCGUCUACAAGCAGACUGGCAAGCGCAAGAGUGAAGCAAGACCCGGCAUGUCACGGUCAGCUCGCCCUCGAACUGGGUUGGAACAAGCAAGUGCGCCGGAACACGUCUCCAACCGUCACCAGAAACGACGAUCAAGUGCUCCAGAAACGAUGUCUGAUGACGAAGAAGAUGCAAGCGUGUACGAUCAAGAUGACGACUCGACGCCUCCAACAUUUUGGCGUGCAAGUGCAAACGCAGUGGAAGCAACGGACCUAGCAGAACCUGUUGAUGAACUUUAG